AUGGCGGGGAAGGAGGGGAAGGAGACGGGCCUCGAGCCGUACGUAGACCUGACUGUGUCGGUGAUCACCAAUGACGGCCGCAACAUCGUGGGGGUGCUGAAGGGGUUUGACCAGGCGACCAACAUCAUUCUGGACGAGUCACACGAGCGCGUCUACUCCACCAAGCACGGGGUGGAGCAGCUGGUGCUGGGGCUCUACAUCAUUCGCGGCGAUAACAUAGCGGUGGUGGGCGAGUUGGACGAGGACUUAGACUCGAGCCUUGACUUCGAUGCUCUCAGAGCGCAGCCACUGCAACCCGCCUCGUCACAGCCCCUCGUCGUCCCUCUCUUCCCUCGCAUGCCCUGCUUCCCACGCUGCCUUUUGACGUACCAUCCCGUGCGCCCCUCCUCUCCCUCAUGCGUGCCGCAUCAGGCACUCUUCACGUUCCCCUGCCGCUUGACAAGCUCAUGUGCCACUGCGCAGUCAGCAGCCAAGCUAGGGUCAUGUGGCAUGGUGGGUGGGUGGUUCCGUGCGUGCAAGAGAGGUGACAUUGGAGUCUCACCAGCGCAUGUGAAAGCUACCCUGACCUGCCUUUGCACGCCCUCCCUCCGUGCGGCAGAGAUGGCGCGGGAUGCGCUUCAGGACCGUGGGUGGGACGUGAUUGGCGCUUACAUGUCGCCAGUCAAUGACCAGUACGGGAAACAGGGCCUUGCCCCCGCCAAGGAGCGAGUGGCCAUGUGCCAGCUGGCAUGCGCUGAUUCGCCCUUCAUCAUGGUGGACCCCUGGGAGUCAUCGCAGCCAUGCUACCAGCGCACCCUCUGUGUGCUGCGACGACUGCACCACACACUUAAUGCUCCCACUGCUCCAACGCCCUCCUCUGCCGCCCAAGCUCAAUCCCCUGCCGCCAAAGCUCAAUCCUCUGCCACCCAACCCCCUUCCUCUGCCGCUCAACCCCCUUCCUCUGUCGCCCAACCUCCUUCCUCUGCCACCCAAGCUCCAUCCCCCGCCACCCACCCAACGCGUCCCAUGCCUUCCCCGCCAUCGCUGGGAAGCCAGUCAUUCACAUCCCCACUUCCCCCACACCCACCCUCGCACCAGGCGGCCCCACAUCCACCCUCCCCAACACCUUCACACCCACAUCCACCCUCCCCAACACCUUCACACCCACAUCCACCCUCCCCAACACCUUCACACCCGCAUCCACCCUCCCCAACACCUUCACACCCGCACCCACCCUCCCCAACACCUUCAUACCCGCACCCACCCUCCCCAACACCUUCACACCCGCACCCACCCUCCCCAACACCUUCACACCCGCAUCCGGCUCUGCACACCCACAUGUGGGCGCUUGACGGCGCCAUGGCGGAGUCUCCUGCACUGCUGCCCACUGCUGCUGCUGGCGCCUGCACGCAGGGGGGACGCGCGGAAGAAGGGCAGGGGGGCGGGGAAGGGGGAAGGGGCGGAGUACAAGGGAGGGAAGGAGGAGGAAAUAGAGAAGAGGGAGAGGACGAUGGGUGGCAGGGUGUGAGGGGCGUGGGGGGAUUGAGAAGUGAAGAGGGCGAGAGGCGUGCGAUGGGCGUGGUGGCGCGUGCCGUGACGGGUGAGCGGAGGGAGAGCGGUGGAGGAGUGGGUGGGCAAGGGGUAGAGGCGGCGGAGGGGCAGCAGGGAGCGGAGGGGAGGGUGCAGGUGAUGCUGGUGUGCGGGGCGGACCUCCUUGAGUCGUUCACACAGCCAGGCGUGUGGGUGCCCUCACAUGUGGAGGAGGUGGUGGGAGCGCACGGCGUGGUGUGCAUCGCCCGCCAUGGUGCUGACGCCCACCGCCUCGUGCUGCUCUCUCACCUUCUGCACCGCCACCGCCACAACAUCCUUAUAGUGGAUCAGCCUAUAGAGAACAACGUCAGCUCCUCCCACAUCCGGCGGCUGUUACAGAGGGGGCUGUCAGCCAAGUACCUUGUGCCAGAUGCAGUGCUGGGGCACAUCCGUGCAGCACACCUGUAUGAGCGCGCGGACUAG